AUAAAAUUGUAAAAUAGCAGAACAAACCAGAUCCUAAUUAUGUAUCUCACUCCUUCUUUACUUCGGGUUGAAACUGAUAUGAUCAGUAUGGAACUACAACCGUCAGUGCAUAUACAGCACUCAAAUCAUCAUGGAACAAAUUUAACAACAUUACAAGCUCAACAUCAUCAUGCCGGUUUGAUUGGACAUCAUCAUCAUCAGCAUCAUCAAUUAACAACAGCAAUAGGAGCAGUAGAUGAAAAAUCAAAAAACAUUAAAAUGGAAAGUUACACAAAUGCAGGACUUGUUACAGCUGAAUGGAUUAAUGUUAAUGGAAGUCAAAGUGCAGAACAUUUAUCAAAUUUUUUCAUUACAGAAGACUCCCAUAGCUCCCAAGGUAGCAUUUCAGGAGAUAGUAAGUAUUAAUUAACUUAAAAUAAAACGAAAAAUUAAUUAUUCUGUUUUUUUAAUUUAUAUAAAUAAUUUACAUAUUUUUUUAAUACUUAACUAAAAUAAAAUGAGUUAGGCUCAAAGUAAGUUAUAGCAACUCUAAGUGUUUCCUUUAAAUUUUUAUUAGAAUAGUUUUUAAUUGUUAGUACUACAAA